AAACUGUAGAAACUGCUCUUGCCAGAGAAAUGGACGAUCAAAAGAUUCGGUAUCAACCGGAAAGCUUGGACAUCCUUAUGGAAAAGACGCAUUUUUCAAAGUUCGAGCUAAAGUACCUGUAUCAGUGCUUCAAACAGAACUGUCCAAGUGGUUAUGUGACUCGUGAACAAUUUAUUGCUAUCUUCAGAUCGUUCUUCAGUAUUCAUCGACUUUCAGAUGCCACCCAGUACGCUGAGUUGGUCUUCAACACAUUUGACGAUGAUCGAAAUAACAGGAUAAGCUUUUCGGAAUUCGCUAUAUUGUUAUCGUUGUUUUCAAAAGGGACGUUAGAACAACGUUUGGAAUGGUUAUUCGAUCUCUAUGAUUGUAAUGGGCGAGGAUAUAUCGUUGAAGAAGAUCAUAUUACCAAGCUCGACAGAGACAAAAGUGGAAAGAUAACCAGAGCAGAAUUCAUCCAAGGCUGUUUAAGCGAUCCGAACAUCAUCACAUCAAUGGAAGUGCUCCGAAGUGUAUGGUAA